AUGUCGGGCACCGAUUAUAAGUUCGAAGGCUGGCUCGGCCUUGACAAGGAGUCUGCCAACGGCAACAUGGUCUGGGGCGAGUUCGAGCCCAAGACCUGGGAGGAGACCGAUAUUGAUAUCAAGAUCGAGUGCUGCGGCAUCUGCGGUUCUGACAUUCACACCCUCCGCAGCGGUUGGGGCCCUACCAAGUACCCCUGCUGCGUCGGUCACGAGGUUGUCGGUACCGUCGUCCGUGCUGGCUCUCAGGUCGAGGGUGGCGUCAAGGUCGGCGACCGUGUUGGUGUCGGUGCUCAGAGUGACUCCUGCCGCAACCGUACCGACAAGCAGUGCAAGAUCUGCGCUGAGGGCAAGUACAACUACUGCCGCAUCCGUCACGUUGGCACCUACAACGGUGUCUACCUCAACGGCGGCAAGUCUUAUGGCGGUUACGCUACCUACCAGCGUGUCCCCUCCUUCUUCGCCGUCAAGAUCCCCGAGCAGAUCCCCUCUUCUCUCGCCGCCCCCAUGCUCUGUGCUGGCGUCACCACCUACGCUCCUCUCAAGUUCCACGGUGUCGGCCCUGGCAAGCGCGUUGGUAUCAUCGGCCUCGGUGGUCUUGGCCAUUUCGGUGUCAUGUGGGCCAAGGCCCUCGGUGCCGACCAGGUCGUCUGCAUCUCCCGCAGCUCCAGCAAGAAGGCGGAUGCCGUCGCCAUGGGCGCUACCGGCUUCAUCGCCACCGCUGAGGACCCCGAGUGGCUCGCCAAGAACAGGUCCUCUUUGGAUGUCAUUCUCUGCACCGCCUCCAGCGCCGACAUGCCCUUCAACGAGUACCUCUCUCUCCUCGACCUCGACGGCACCUUCAUCCAGGUCGGCGCUCCCGACGACGGUCUCCCCCAGAUCCAGCAGUUCGCCCUCAUUUUCAACCGCAUCAAGCUCACCGGUUCCCUCAUCGGCUCCCCCGAGGACAUCCGCGAGAUGUUCCAGCUCGCGGUCGAGAAGAAGGUCGAGCCCUGGGUCAAGGAGAUCUCCAUGAAGGAUGCCAACCAGGCUAUCCUCGAUUUCGAGGCUGGCAAGCCCAGGUACCGUUACGUCCUCAAGAACGAGGACUACACUCCUGUUGCUCAGAAGCUCUAG